CGAUUUUGUGGCCUUCUGGGUAAACUGUCUGUCCUUGUCUUGCAGGGUGCACGUCGUCUGUCAGCUUUAACUGUGCGCUUUGCGGGUGUCUGUUCCCCCUCUGAAAAACAUUUUAUUUCAGCAAAAUGUUGGCUGCAAGGUUCCUUCUCCGCCGUUCCCUCCCUGUUUUGCGCCAAACCCGAUGUUACGCCGACGCUCCUUCCACUGCGCCCCAGAUGUCCUUCACUUUCGCCUCGCCGACUCAGGUGUUUUUUAACGGAGCGAGCGUGAAGCAGGUGGACGUGCCGACGCUGACGGGGGCGUUCGGCAUCCUGCCCGCGCACGUGCCCACGCUGCAGGUCCUGCGGCCCGGCGUGGUCACCGUGUUCGGCGACGACGGCACCGCUACAAAAUUUUUCGUAAGCAGCGGGUCGGUCACGGUGAACGCAGACUCCUCCGUUCAGCUCCUCGCUGAAGAGGCGGUGACUCUGGACAGCUUGGACUUGGCGGCAGCCAAAGCGAACCUGGAGAAGGCCCAGUCCGACCUGCUGGCCACCGCGGACGAGGCGGCCCGCACGGAGGUGCUGAUCAGCAUCGAGGCCAACGAGGCCAUCGUCAAGGCGCUGGAGUAGAGCUCCCCCUGCUGGUUGCUUUGUGAAAGUGGCCUUGCCACCACGCUGAGCGUCUGCCCUCCCCCACACCCGCGAGCCAUGGACCGCCAGGCACCUUUUCCUCUUUGCUUUGUACAGUGGAUGAGAUUGACGGAAAUAAAUUUUAUUUCGCUAA